AGGAUGAUCAACGAUCCGAAGUCUGCAAUGUUCAUCCAGUGGACCGAGCUCGGAACCAGCUUCGUUGUGUCAAAUGUCGGCGAGUUCAGUCGGACAAUAUUGGGAACUCAUUUCAAGCACAAUAACUUCUCAAGCUUCGUUCGGCAGUUGAAUAUGUACGGCUUCCACAAGAUAAACCGGACCCCGCGCGGAACCCGUGCUACAUCUGGCUCUGGGCAGGGUAAUGGCCCAGGAUCCGCGGAGCAGCAAGUCUGGGAGUUCUCACACCACAAGUUCCUGCGAGGGCGCCCGGACCUGCUUGAUGAGAUUAAGCGUAAGGCGCUCGACCCCGACCCGGCGGUGAAGCAACGUGUCGAACUUCCGGGCGAGUUGGCCGCGCAGCUCAACCAGAUGCGGGACAACAACCGCCGAGUGGUGCGCGCGCUCGAAUGGGAGAGAGCUAAGGUGAAUAGACUCGUCGGCGUAGUGAGGGACUUGAAUGAAGUUAUUGGAAGAGCGUUUCCUGGUAGUGGUAAGUGA